CCCGCUUCUGUGGGACCUCCAGCAUGCGCCGUAUCCGCCUGUUCCUGCUCUACUGCAGGCGAGAAGAUGGGUGGAGAUUUUGGCACCUUUGUCGGUGAUCUCCCCAUCUUGCUACUCUUCCUAAAUGGGUCAGCUUCUGGCGCAGCAGAGUCUUCAGCUGCUGCGCUUUUGGCCUUGCCCUGAGUCGUCUCCUUAGUUAUGCUAACCGGGCCAGGGCCACGGCUCGCCAUCCUUUAAAUCUUUUGACUCCUACCUGUCGCCUAAAAAUAUGCUAUACUUGGUCGGAGGAGAGCUUGCUUUAGAGCUUUCCCCGCGAGUUGGCAGCUCGGCUAACGCUUGCGCAAAAGUUGGUAACUCUGCAGCGCAGCUGAUCAGUCAACUGACCACGAAGAUGGCAGACCUAAUCACCCAAUUCGGAAAAUUGAGUGAAAAGGGCUUUCACUCACCUGCAGGGGGGUAUCACCCCUUCGUCCCAGUGCCGAGCCGACGCUACUGGAGCCAGAGGGAUUCUGGGGUCCAGGGAAGACCUCCGCACACUGAUGUCGCACACGCGGAUCACAACGUAGGAAACUUGUUUUCGCGCACUCGAAUAUAAAACACGUCCGGUACGCAACGACUUUCCACUCUCUC